AUGGCCCAGACGAACGGUACCAACGGCAAUGACUUCACCGUCAAGGCCGGACUCGCGCAGAUGCUGAAGGGUGGCGUGAUCAUGGACGUCGUCAAUGCGGAGCAGGCCCGUAUUGCCGAGGAGGCCGGUGCCGCCGCCGUCAUGGCCCUCGAGCGUGUCCCCGCCGAUAUCCGUGUCGAAGGUGGCGUCGCGCGCAUGUCCGACCCCAGCAUGAUUAAGGAGAUCAUGGAGGCCGUCACCAUCCCCGUCAUGGCCAAGGCUCGUAUCGGCCACUUCGUUGAGUGCCAGAUCCUCGAGGCCAUUGGCGUCGACUAUAUCGACGAGUCCGAAGUCCUGACCCCUGCUGAUGACGUCUACCACGUUACCAAGUCCACCUUCAAGGUGCCCUUCGUCUGCGGCUGCCGUAACCUGGGCGAAGCCCUACGCCGCAUCUCUGAGGGCGCCGCCAUGAUCCGCACCAAGGGCGAAGCCGGCACCGGCGACGUCGUCGAGGCCGUCAAGCACAUGCGUACCGUCAACGCCCAGAUCGCCAAGGCCCGCGGCAUCCUCCAGGCCAGCGCCGACCCGGAGCCCGAGCUGCGCGCCUUCGCCCGCGAACUGGAGGCCCCCUACGAGCUCGUCCGUGAGGUCGCCGAGAAGGGCCGUCUGCCUGUCGUCAACUUCGCUGCUGGCGGUGUUGCCACCCCUGCCGAUGCGGCGCUGAUGAUGCAGCUGGGCUGCGACGGCGUCUUCGUCGGCUCCGGUAUCUUCAAGUCUGGCGAUGCGAAGAAGCGCGCCAAGGCUAUUGUCCAGGCUGUUACUCACUUCAAGGACCCCAAGGUCCUUGCUGAGGUUAGCCAGGGUCUGGGCGAGGCUAUGGUUGGCAUCAAUGUGCAGAAGAUGCCCGAGGCUGACAAGAUGGCUGGCCGCGGCUGGUAA